UCCCCAACCACGUAGUUUAACUUCCAGAACAACAACAACAACAACAACAACAACAACAACACAACAACAACAACAACAACAGAGAAAAAGCAAGGCCAAAAAUGGGGCAAGCAAACUCAACCGAAACAGCAUCAUCAAUUGAGGAGAGAGAAUUAGAGAGCCAAGCAACUUCAGUAGGCGCUCUUCCUUUGCUUCAUAAUUCUUUCCCUAAACUCGCUGAUCCUCUCUCCAACUCUAUCCCUCUCACUUCUCUUCAGCAAUGCUUUUCUCUAAAGUAUACCAGCAUAAGCUGCGAAGGGGUCGAUUUGCCAGAUUGCUUCCAGGGAUUUCUGGAUCAGAUUGCUGCUUCUAUAACCGAUACGCUUUUUGUACCCCAGAAAGGAGGGAUUACUUGGACAGAGUUUGUAAGAGGGUAUGUUAAAGGCUGUGGGAGGAUGUCGGCUUCGUCCCUGUUGAAUACUUUGUUAAGGGCUCUUGCUUUAUCUGCUGAGAGAGCUGGGUGUCCAAUGAAUUUACAAUUUGAUUCGGAUGAAGCUGAUAGCAAGACAAGUGGAUCAAUAUCACCUGGCGAGUUGGGGAUGAUUAUUUGGGUAUGUUGGAUAAUGUCCUGGAAUUCAAGGAGUUCAAAGUGUGCCAUGGAAAGUGAGCAUGCAAACAUUCCUGAUCUUAACCAUCUGAUAGUGUCAGCUGUUGUUUCGUGCAUGGACAAUGAUAAUGAUGUUGAUGUAUGGAAUACUGAUGUUUGUCAUCUUGAAGCUGAACUUAGUGUUGGAAAGAUACAUACGUGGGCCAUAAGAACAGUGCCCAAUCUUGCAGAAUGCUUUUCAAAUUUUAUUAAUUCCAGACUAAAGGCAGCAACUUUUGAGCAGCCUAGUGGAACAGAAACUUCAGUUACGAUGGUUGUCGGAACCUCUUCUGAUACGGCAUGGGAAUAUCAUCUUCUGACACGUGGACGGGCAUGGGCUAUCUCUCUUUCCCAAAGAAGUAGCAUAAGUGAGGAGAUGUUGAGAAUAUGCUUUUCUAGCAAUACUGAUGUGAUAGAGGAAAGCCUUCUUUAUCGGUCAUAUGCUCAUGGGAAAGGGCUGAAUAGAUUUUGGUCAAAUGUUGACGGGUAUCAUGGACCGCUGCUACUGUUGCUUUCGGCCACCUCAGGUGAAUCUAGUGAGAGCAGCAGGAAAUGGAUAAUAGGGGCACUCACACAACAGGGGUUUGAAAACAGAGAUGCAUUUUAUGGGAGUGGGGGCUGUCUAUAUUCUAUAUUCCCAGUCUUCCAUGUGUUCUCAGCAUCUGGAAAGGAGCAGAAUUACCUGUAUAGUCACUUGCAUCCUGCUGCUAGAGCGUAUGAGCCACACCCAAAGCCUGUUGGUAUUGCAUUUGGAGGAACUGUUGGGCAUGAAAGAAUAUUCAUUGAUGAGGACUUUGCGAAGGUUACUAUACAACAUCAUGCUGCUGAUAAAACGUACCAACAUGGUUCUUUAUUUCCCGAUCAGGGUUAUCUUCCUACUGAAGCAUCAGUGCUUGACGUGGAAGUGUGGGGAUUGGGUGGUAAGAAAGCGAAGGAAAUACAAGACUCAUACAGGAACAGAGAGGCGCUUUUCACUGAGCAAAGGCGAAAGGUUGAUUUGAAAACGUUUGCGAGCUGGGAAGAUUCACCAGAAAAGAUGAUGAUGGACCUGAUGGCUAGUCCAAAUGCAGUUCGACGUGAAGAACGAUAAACUUACAUUCUGUAGAUUUGUUUGUGUGUAUAUUAUUAUGGGAGCGCAUAUGUAAGCAAUAAAAACAACUUUUUGUCUUUUGGCCCGUAAUUAAACAAAUCCAUGCAUUCCAAUC